AUGGCCCGACUUGUCAAAAGCAAGUUCAAACGUGAUGCUUCUAGCUCUAAGAGGCUAAAGCAGUCAGUCCUAACGUUUGGCAACCGAAAAACAAUGCGAUCUGACCGAUGUCCGGAAUGUUUAAUGACCUUUUCGCCGACAUCGACCAAGGAUAUCAUUGCGCAUGAGAAGUACCAUGAUCUUCAUUUAUGUGGCAGAAAAUGGUCAUCUAAUUGGGGAGAACACGUUCAAGAAUACAACGUGCCGGCUCAACGCGUGGACACGCGUCCGAGCCAAGCACCGGUAAAACAACAAAAAAAGGGUUCGAGGACCGAAGGUGUAAUCACAUCAUCGGAAGACCGAAUAGUACGGAUCUCCAAAGACAGGAAAAACGAAGUCCUGGCAACUCUGGAGGUCUUGCAUAUCGUUAACGAAGAGUUAAAAGCGCCUCACAAUGAAAAUUUCUUUUGGAGUAACGUAGAAGAUAAUGACGACGCAAUAGUCUCUCGACAAACUAAUAGAGUCAAUGGAACUGCCUUCGUUUACAUUAGUGGAGGGCGCGCAGUAGGCGUAUUGACUGUGGAGUUUUUAAAAACGGAUGAUCUGCGUGGGAGGUGGAUGGUAUACGACACUUCGUGUAUAGUACCGAAUGUAACCCCACACAUGAAGCUUGGGAUUUCUCGAAUAUGGGUCUGCAGACAACAGCGUGGUCGCAACAUUGCUACAAGACUUUUAGAAACCGCUCGACAACAUUCGAUCCCUGGAAUAGUACUUGCUAAAUGGGAGCUAGCAUGGAGCCAACCCAGCGAAAGUGGGGCCAAGCUUGCCAAGAGCUACAACAGUGUUACGCACGAAAGAAGCGGCAAACUGCUUAUUCCCUGCUAUAUUUGA